AUGGCAAGGAAGGUGUUGAUGAUGUUAAUUGCGGCCUCACUUUUAAUGGGAUGCAGCUUUAAUGAAGCAGUAGGCACGGUGGUUGCUGGUGUCCAAGUUAUACAUCUGGGUGGGAAAGUCAUGUGCCAGGACUGCACCAAAAGCUACGGAGAAUGGACUCAUGGCUCUCAACCCAUCAAAGGCGGUAAAGUAUCAGUGACCUGCAAGGAUGAUAGAAGUAGAAUCAUAUAUUAUGCAAGUGAUGAAAGCGAUGAAGAAGGGAAUUUCAAUAUGGCUGUCAACAAAUACAUAAAUGGGAAAGAAUUGCAACCAAAAUCAUGCUUAGUUAGGUUAGUGUCUUCCACACAUCUUACUUGCAAAAUUCCGACAAACUUCGCCGGAGGAAUCACCGGCGUCAAUCUCCCGGUCAAGCCUACUGUUCUGUAUCGUGAUUUGGUUAAAUAUCAACUCGGCAUCUUUUUCUACACUACUCCAAGGUGUGCUAAACCAGCUGCCGGUGACACCCAUGAUUCCUUUGAUUGCGAUACAAAUAAUAAUUAUUAA